AGCUGGCUGUCUCUCACUCCCUUCCUGCUGCAUCACAACAGGCGUUAGUACCUCGAGUAGCAGUAGUUGACCGGGGGGACGGGAUAUCCACCGCUGAUUCAUUGAUAAAUAAACUCUAUUGACGCUGCAACACUCGACAACAUCCUAACACGGGAACUGGUUGCAGUGUGAUAAUCCCACUCCAGCUGUUGGGACAUGGCCAGGCCGGAACAGGUUCUGCUCUUGGAGCCUCAGCACGAACUGAAAUUCCGAGGUCCAUUCUCAGACGUGGUCACCACAAAUCUCAAGCUCUCCAACCCAACAGACAGGAAUGUGUGUUUUAAGGUGAAGACGACAGCACCGCGCCGGUACUGUGUGCGGCCAAACAGUGGAAUCAUCGAUGCAGGCACCUCGAUCAAUGUCUCAGUUAUGCUGCAGCCUUUUGACUAUGACCCCAAUGAGAAGAGCAAACACAAGUUCAUGGUUCAGUCAAUGCUAGCACCUCCUGACAUGACUGACAUGGAGGGAGUGUGGAAGGAGGCUAAACCAGAGGAGCUGAUGGACUCUAAGCUGAGAUGUGUUUUUGAAAUGCCGGUGGAGAAUGAAAAAACGCACGACAUGGAGUCCAACAAGAUGACGUCGUCCAGCUCACUGAAGUCAGAGUCCUCGCUGCCUGUGAAGUCAAUGAGCUCCACCCUUGAUGACGGGGAGGUAAAGAAGAUCAUGGAGGAGUGCAAGAGGCUGCAGAUGGAGGCUCAAAGGCUACGGGAAGAAAACAAACAGAUCAGAGAGGAUGAUGGUCUGCGGAUGAGGAAGAGUAACGUCCUGUCAUCUCAGCACGCCUCGGUCACCAUGAAGAAAGAGGAAGGGUUGAGUGCCCGCACGGUGGCCCUCAUCGUGCUCUUCUUUGUGGUGGGCGUCAUUGUGGGAAAGUUGGUCUUGUAGAGCGCAGCACAGUUUGGUCGGCCGCAGCAUGCUUUCGGGGGAUGAAAACAAACACUGGAUUUGGGAUUUUGGAUCAUAAAAUGCAGUUGGGUGGGGGUGGUACUAGUUUUGAUUCAGUCUCAUUUAUGUAAAAUAAUUAAAAGGUAAUGUAUGAGGAAAAAAAAAGAAAAAAUAACUCAUGUUAUGAACAAACCUACUGUUACAGGUCUUGCCUCUACGUAAUCAUCACAUAGUCAUUCUGGCUCUGUUCCCAAAGUUUCACAUAAUAGAGAUGACUGGUUCUGUGGGUGGAGGGAUGAUGGAAACAUGAUUUAAUGCUAGUGAUUCAGACCAAUGGAUUUUCUAACACCGGAAAAGUAGUGUUGCUGCGAUUGAGUCAGUUUGCCGUUGUGCGAAUGUCAUUCUAGUGUAUCGAUGUUUCUUUUUCUAAGCGAUGGAGGCCAGAGCCAAUGUAUAUGAAUACAAAAUCACCCCACUGUACAGUAUAUCCAGGUGUUCCUUCCAGCUACCCCCUUUAAGGAAGGGAUUUACCAGAGAGAUGAUCCACACAGUUGGGGGUUUUACACACACACAGGGCUAUCUCCUCCAAUCAGAGGCUUUGUAAAAUCGGCUCGUCUUUGAUUGUAUAACAGCUUUGAUCAGUGUAUGAAACACUAUGCCGUAGGUGUUUUCUUUCCUCAUGAUUUUUUCUUUUUUCACUCUAACUUAUUCCCCUCACCUAUCACUCACUGCUCACCGCAUCCUCCGGCUGUCGGAGGGUGGAUGUUUGAUUGCAUGCGUUGACACGGAGUGCUGCAUCUGGACUUUUGAAUCUAAUUUAACUGCUUUUUAUAAUGGUGAUAAUAUAAUGUCAUUUGGCUGUAGAUUUGCACAAAUACAUUUCUGAUUUUUCACUUUUGUGUUUUGUUGCAAUUUUAUGAUUUUGAGUAAUUUUGUUUGUUUGUUAGGUUUUUUGCAUUUAAGAAUAUUACAGCUAUCUGAAAUGAGGUUUAGAUCAGUUGUGUAAAUCCAGAUGAAAGCCUUGCCUUGUGACCUGUUGGGGGCAAGUUAUUCUCAGGCCAAGAUGGAGGUAUAUUAUGUACAGACGCACAUACACAAACACAAAGCAUGCGCACAUAUAAUGAGAAACAAUGAAACUAAAAGGUGCAUGUAGAGGGAAUGGUUUUAUUUCACUGACAACAGCACCCACAUCAAGGUCCUCUUGCAUUGUCCAAAUGAUUUAACCUCAGUCCUUUCCAGCUCUUUUCUUCCAUUUCUUUUUUUUUUUUUUUUUUUUUUUUUUUUUGGGUUCUUUUCCUAUAUUUUCCUACUGAGCCAUACAUUUGUUUUGUUUGGGGCAAAUGUAUGUCAGAGUUCAGCUGAGUGUUUUAAGCUGCCUAAACCCGCUUCCCCAGUUGAUGAGCUUUUCUUUGCUUACUCAUGCCCCUGCAGGCCCGUGUUCAGUUUUUUGGUGUUUGUUGAGUAUUUUUCUGUUGCUUACUAAUGUUAUAUCCACACUGCAUUUGAAGUUGUAUUCAUUUUUAAUGCACUAAAGGUUACGAGUGUUUCUCCUUUGAUCUUCCUGCCUCACACAAUGUUUUCUUUAUGCUGGGGGCAAGUAUACAGCCGGCUAUAGCCUUGAGGGGACCAGAUGAUGACAAUGUACUGUUUCCACAACCUUCAAAAAUAAAAAUGAAAACAUUCUCAAAUUGUUUCAGCUCCAAAUUUGCAUAUUAAAGGAGGUGGGGGGUGUUAUUCUGCUUUGCAUUUUUUGAAGGAAAAAGAGCAGCAGCUGGUUAGAUUUUUAUCCCACUUUCAGUAAAUGGUUGAAAAGAUGCAGGAGUGUGCUCCCCUUUGCUGACAGAUGUAUACGGUUGAUUUAACUGGUGGCUAAGCAAUUAAAAUAAAAACGAGUGUAUGUUUCUACUGUAUCUCUGUGAAGUUGGUGGGUUGAGGAUGACUUGCUGCUUAAGGGGAGGGCAAAGCAAACCUGAGCUCGUCCCAUCUUGGGUCAUCAGACCUGGGUCAUACAGUGCUUGCAGAAAAUUGUUCUUGUUUAGUGAAUCCUGGUUGGAAUAUCAGAACCUUUUUACAUAAGAAAAAGACCUUAUAACAUCUGAAUAAUCAUUUAUGUGACUGAAAAUGUAACUUUACCACUGCCCCUGGUGCAGUAAACUCCAUCAAUUUGCUACUUCAAGAUGGAUUAUUCAAACAAAAAUGAUUAUGUGUGAACACUAAUCAAUCCAGGCCUGGUUGUAAAACACAUUACACUGAUCUGUCCUGGAGUCUGACCAUCACCGUGAUCAAUGUAAGCAGUCAAGAAACUGUUUUGUAUGUAUAUAAAUAAAUAAGUCUAUCUGAGAAGAAGAUUAAUAUUCCUAGUCAAGUAGUCUCUCUGGUGUAUAAAAAAAUAACCCAACCUGGUUGGACUAUGUAGCAUCUUAAUAAAUUAAACGAAUAAAGCCCCUACAUAACCG